AUGGAUCAACGGCUUAAGCAUCCACUGAUUCAGUCAUCAGAAAGCCUAGGGGAGAAUUCUUCUUCUCUGCAUUCUGCAGAUUUUCCAGAAAUGAGAAAGAAAGCAGUUGGAUUGAAAAGGAAGAGAAACAAUAGCAGGAUUGAAGAGAAACAGAAAGAAGUAAUCCAUGUAAGGGCAAAAAGAGGUCAAGCUACUGAUAGCCACAGUUUAGCAGAACGGGUGAGAAGAGAGAGAAUCAACGAGAAGCUGAGAUAUUUGCAGGACCUGGUUCCAGGCUGCUACAAGGCAAUGGGAAUGGCAGUUAUGUUAGACGUGAUCAUAAACUAUGUUCUAUCGCUACAGCAACAGAUUGAGUUCCUUUCCAUGAAGCUCUCAGCAGCAAGCAUGCAUUUUGAUUUCAACACCUACCAGAUAGAUACCCUCCAAACUAUGCAGAGAAGUACUAGCACAGAUGGAAUCCAAGGGAUGGAAAGGACUGAACAAGAAGGUUAUGGAAGUUUUGCUUAUUGGAAUCCUACAUGGCCACUUCAAUAGGAAAAAAAUUGGUCUUGGUUUCGGUUGGAAACCUCAAAGUUAUUAUGAAAUCCAAAUAUGAGUUCUUUCAUACACAUAAAUUAGUUGGAGAACUGUAGGAUGAAACUCUGUAAACCAAAUACACUGCAACUUGUGUUGAUUUUUACUUUCCCAGUCAUCAUCAAUAUGUUCAAGAUCUGAAAUGUAACUUUCAUAUUCAUGAAUUUAUAAUU